GUGAAGAGGGCGGAAGUAAUUCGCACCUGUUGGAGAUAUCGCCAAGACCCAUACGAGAAGGAAUCCAGUUUGAACAGUCGGGAGUGAUAGCACACCACCAUGGAGACCCAAAGUCAGCCAGGUUCCCGCUCUCAGCGGAUGCAGUACCGGGUGGCAGGCGCUAGGGGGCUCGGGGGAGCCAUGAUCUUCUUCGCCGGGCUUCUGCUGACUUUCGGGAUCAUCGGAAUGGUCAUACAAACACUGCUGUUCUACGUCGGGGCGCCCAUCUGGACUGGACUUGUGUACCUGGUGACAGGCAUUCUGGGAGUCGUAUCCAGCCACAGGAACACCAAAUGUUUGGUCAUCAGCCUUCUGAUAAUGUCAUGCUUGAGUGUGUUGAUGACAUUAUGCGGGAUCACAACAGCCGCCAUUGCCAUUGACGGUGAACACUGGAACUACCACGCGGGAUCUGUAGGGUGCUACUAUGACUGGAGCACCGGUCACAAUAGCUGCAAUGGCAUAGAGAUCGCCCGUUUCACAUUUGACGCGGGAAACCUGUUGUUUGCGCUGGUGGAGCUGGGUCUGUCCAUCGCUACCAUAUCCGUCUGCUCCUACACACUGUGUAAGGGGUGCUGUGGUGGGGAGGGGGGCAGCAGCUGCUGUGGGAAUGGAAAUACCGGAAACGCCUACCAGACUAUGCACGAGGUGGGACAGGGCGGCCGCCUGGUCCCGCUGCAGAACUUUGCAAACCUCAACUACGCCCCAGCACACUCCACUGGGCAUGCUCCGUCCUACGUCAUCAGUAGCCCCAUACCUCCUCAACACGGAGACAUGCAGCAAGGAAUGGCUGCAGGUGCUGGGGACCAGGCUAUGGCGCUGGCGCAUGCGCAGCAGCAACAGCAGAAGACCGAGCCGCAACCCCAGCAGGGUGCCUCCCCAGACGCGCAUGCGCAGCCUGGUUACGUCAGCCCUCCACCGGGGUACAACCAGGCAUAGAUAAGAUCAAUUCGCUCCAAGCAGAUGUGGGGUUCACUUUGUUUAGCUUGGAGAUUAUAAAAUCAUGUGACAACUCAAGACCUAUGAACACACACAAAUUAGCAUGCCAGUAAUUACCUUCGUCAGAAGGUUAUGUGUUGAGGUACACCAGACAUAGGGGUUACUGAUUUUGCAAUCGGUUAUAACUUGGGUGUGGUGCAUGUAUCAGUAUGACAUUUGGUAGGUCGGAAGAGGUUGGGAAAAGGAAGGCCAAGGUCAAUUUUGGGUACUCUAGCGGUUUCGUAAGGUACUGCAGCGCAGGGUACAUGGGUAUGAUAUCUCGUGCUGUGGACAUGCUAUGGUCUUGAUUUUUUAUUGGGACAUAGAUGGUUAGGCAGGAAGUAACGUCGUGUGGUUUUCAGUGAAAUAGCUGCUUUUUUUUAGCUGCUGUGGUUAUUUUUAUGACAAAAUGUGACUAGACGGGAUAACUUGUGAAUGGUUUUUACAGUUUCUUGUAGAUAGCUUGUAGUGUGGAAAAAGAAGUUCGAAUUUGGGCAUUCUAGUGGCUUUCUAAGGUAUUGCAUUGGUACUUUUAGGUUAUUGAUGUAUUGGGAGUAUUUUAAACAGAUGUUUACAGUGGGGGGUAACUAAUAAAAUGCUAUCGUAAAAUUGACAGAUAAGAUUGUUCUUUUUUCUCUUUUAAUGUUGUUUGUACGCGUUCUGGAGUAGCUUACGUCUAUUCUCACUUUAUUUCUUCAAAUCUCUCAUACUCUAUGAUUACCGACAUGACAUCAAUGCCUC